GCAAGUUUGACAUGUCCGGGGUAGUAGAAUAAUUGCAACUUUUUGUGCGGGGUUUUUUGUGCAUCUCCGGUUGGAUGCAACGCGCGAUUUUUUUUUGCGUGGGGAGAAAGGGUGGGCUUGUAAGAGGGGGUUCUGAUCCAGUUGAUCCCCACCCCAUGCAAAAAUUGGGGGGGGGGGGAUUUAUAAAAAAAAUUAAAAAGAGGGGAUCUUAGGCAAAACAUCCCCAUAUAGAACAAGGACUCAACAAGACAAUGCAAGGCAGGUUGCCUGGAUGGUUCUACCUGGCGGGGAAAGCGUUAGCAAGGAGCAAUCGUGGUUUGCUGAUGGGGAGAUGGCCCCACCAACUGGGCUUGUUGUUCACAAGUAACACAAACCUGGGUCCUGCUGCAGAAAAGGACCCAAAGCUUGUCAAGGAGUGGACUUUGAUGGUCAGUCCCUUUGGUCUGCUGAAGGCGCGUCUCCCUUGCCACAUAACAGUGGGUGCCCUGGACCCCCAUAAGUACCCCGAUUCUGACCAGGUAUUGGUUGCCCUUAAAGGGAGGGAUUCCGAUCCCAAGGAUCUGCUUGUGAAUUAUGACGAGGCCCGUAAGGAGGUGAUGAUCAUUUCCGAUGGCGUGGACGGCGCGGCUUCCCUGGAUGUGAGGACCCCUGUCAAAUUUGAUUUGGAUAUCAAGACAUCAGGAAGUGGCUCUGUGACGAUUGAACAAAUGCAGUCUGCUUCCUGCAAUGUAGAAACAGAGAAAGGAGCGAGUCUAUUGAAGUCAAUAAAGAGUCAGAAAAUUGAUAUCCGAGCAAAAGGAGGGGACGUUACCUGUUUGGGAACUCUUCAAGGAAAUACUGAUAUUUCUGUAUCACAAGAAAGUGUAAGUGAGAAUCAUGAGAGUGUGAACGUAGAAAAGCUCCAAGGAUCAUCCAUUAACGUUACAAGUGAAAAUGGUUUGCUCAAAGCUAAAUAUUUGUACGCCGACGCCUCGUUUCUGACCUCAGCGGCUGGCGACAUCUUACUGGGGAACGUUCAUGGUGAUAUUACCUUGGAGACCAAAACAGGGAGCAUCACAGUUGAUUCUUCUGAAGGAUCUUUAAAAGCCUUUACGUAUCGAGGAGAGAUAAAUGCCUACGUUCUUCGUCAAACCGGAGAAGUAAACCUGGUUUCUCAGGAAGGUUCCAUUACUCUCAAGGUACCUGCAACUCUUCAAGCUUCCCUGAAAUUGUCUGGAACGAAGGUGGAAGUCAGUCCAGAGAUCCAACUGCAGGAUAUCCAGACUGUCUCGAGAGAAAAUCAUGUCACAGUGACGGCUCCAUUCCCUCUUCCCCCGCGGAGCUCUCCGGUUGCCGGGAUCCUGACCAUGACUCCCAUGCCUCCUCCCCCUCCUCUGAUUUGGCUGUUGGAGGGGCCGGUGACCAGCAGGCCACCACAACACUUUUCAGUGUGUUAUUGAUAAUAAGAAAAUGCUUUAUCAGGGGUCCUUCAUGCCAUUAUCCAUUUGGUGAGUUGGUCCCUUUGUGUGAGAAAUAAGGUAUUAGGAAGAGCGUUUUCUUCCCAAAUUUAGAAUCUUGUUCAUUUACCUUUGUAGAUUCAGCCUGUCUCCCAUUCUUUGGUUUUUAACAGGGUGGAUUUGAUUUAAAUCGAGUUGAUUUAAAUCACAAUUUAAAUCAUGAUUUAAAUCACUAGUAAAAAGGCUUGAUUUAAAUCAGCUCGAUUUAAAUCAUAAUUUUUAAAGAGCAACUGUCAUCUCUGCUGCUCCUUUGACCCACUGUUGACUCACCGAUAGUCCCAGUGUUGCAGAAUAUACAGCCUCCUGCUACAUAACUAAGCUCCAUUUCAU